GAAGUACCGAAAAUCCAGUCUCGUUUCUUCUACCAAACAAACAAAGAGAAAAAAGAGCUGAGUAACGAGUUGAGUUGGGGCGAGUUGCGAAGGAAGAAGAAGAAGAAGAAGAAGAAGAUGGGAGAGACAAGGCCAGUACCUCGAAGAGAGAGUCCAUGGGGAAUAACUGGAGAGAAUCAUCCUGAACCCAAAGCUCAUCGAUGCAAUGACCGUAUUGAAGAUGUUAUCCAGGCUUGCUUUGAGGGAAACCCGUUCAAGACUGUUCCAGGACCUUUCAAGCUUUUCUGGCGGUGCAUGCGUUCUAAACCUGGAGAGGAACCAACUGAGCCGUUUACAUAUUUAGAUUUGGAUCCUCCAAAGAGAGAGUCAAAUACCGUGAAACUUGAGUAGUGCCACUUUCGCAAAUGGUUCCAGGACAACUGUGGCAUUGCAUGGUCUUAUUGUGGUUUCAACUUUUUCAUCCAUGUCGUGGAUGGUUUAUGCGACGAUUAUAUGUAAUUAAAUUGUCUUUGUUGCUUACUUCGCCUUGCAAAAUAGACAUCCAUUGCCUAUGUUCUGCACGUUGAUGUACUUGCCCAAUAAAACAUGGCGGGGUUCUUUUUUGAAUUAUAUACAUGAUAGUCUAUUGAUUACUUGUUUAAUGUCAUAAGUUCCACUAGUUUAUGUUUAGAUGGAAUAGGUUUUUGGUUUCA